UUCCGCGAUACUAUCGCUCUCCCGAGGUAUCUUGUCGGCCAUGAGCCAGCCAAUGGGGAGCGGUCGGAGAGCGGACCCGGCCAUUGCCAGGGUUGGGUGCGCCGCUGAACGGAUGGCACAGGGAGCCGAGCGGAUUCUUGAGGAACGCCGGCCAGCUGUUUGAGUGUCAUCUGUUGCUACCCAUUGAUGUCAAGAUGACUAAGCUGGGAUUUUUGCGGUUGUCCUAUGAGAAACAGGACACACUUUUGAAGCUCCUCAUUCUGUCAAUGGCUGCUGUGUUAUCAUUUUCCACUCGUCUUUUUGCUGUCCUGAGAUUUGAAAGUGUCAUCCACGAGUUUGAUCCGUAUUUUAAUUAUCGGACUACUCGAUUCCUGGCUGAAGAGGGAUUUUAUAAAUUCCAUAACUGGUUUGAUGACCGGGCCUGGUACCCUUUGGGACGAAUCAUUGGAGGAACAAUUUAUCCAGGCUUAAUGAUCACCUCUGCUGCAAUCUACCACGUACUCCAUUUUUUCCACAUCACCAUCGAUAUUCGGAAUGUCUGUGUGUUCCUGGCCCCUCUCUUCUCUUCCUUCACCACCAUCGUCACGUACCACCUCACCAAAGAGCUCAAGGAUGCAGGGGCUGGGCUUCUUGCUGCUGCCAUGAUUGCUGUAGUUCCUGGAUAUAUCUCCCGGUCUGUGGCUGGCUCCUAUGAUAAUGAGGGGAUUGCCAUCUUCUGCAUGCUGCUCACCUACUACAUGUGGAUCAAAGCAGUGAAGACUGGUUCCAUCUACUGGGCAGCCAAGUGUGCCCUUGCUUAUUUCUACAUGGUCUCUUCUUGGGGAGGCUAUGUGUUCUUGAUCAACUUGAUCCCUCUCCACGUACUGGUGCUGAUGCUCACAGGACGUUUCUCCCACCGGAUCUAUGUGGCCUACUGUACUGUUUACUGCCUGGGCACCAUUCUCUCCAUGCAGAUCUCCUUUGUGGGUUUCCAGCCCGUCCUUUCAUCAGAGCACAUGGCAGCCUUUGGGGUCUUUGGUCUCUGCCAGAUCCAUGCCUUUGUCGAUUAUCUGCGCAGCAAGUUGAACCCACAGCAAUUUGAAGUUCUUUUCCGGAGUGUCAUCUCCCUGGUAGGCUUCGUCCUUCUCACAGUGGGCACCCUCCUCAUGCUGACAGGAAAAAUAUCUCCCUGGACUGGGCGUUUCUACUCACUGCUGGAUCCUUCUUACGCCAAGAACAAUAUCCCCAUCAUUGCUUCUGUGUCUGAGCACCAGCCUACCACCUGGUCUUCUUACUAUUUUGAUCUGCAGCUUCUUGUCUUCAUGUUUCCAGUUGGUCUCUAUUACUGCUUUAGCAACCUGUCUGAUGCCCGGAUAUUCAUCAUCAUGUAUGGUGUGACCAGCAUGUACUUUUCUGCUGUAAUGGUGCGUCUAAUGCUAGUGUUGGCACCUGUUAUGUGCAUUCUUUCCGGCAUUGGAGUCUCCCAGGUGCUGUCCACUUACAUGAAAAAUUUGGAUAUAAGUCGCCCAGACAAGAAGAGCAAGAAGCAACAGGAUUCUACCUAUCCUAUUAAAAAUGAGGUGGCAAGUGGGAUGAUACUAGUCAUGGCUUUCUUUCUCAUCACCUAUACUUUUCAUUCAACGUGGGUGACCAGUGAGGCCUACUCAUCUCCCUCCAUUGUUCUGUCUGCCCGUGGUGGUGAUGGCAGUAGGAUCAUUUUUGAUGACUUUCGAGAGGCAUACUAUUGGCUUCGUCACAAUACUCCAGAGGAUGCAAAGGUCAUGUCAUGGUGGGAUUACGGCUACCAGAUUACAGCUAUGGCGAAUCGGACAAUUUUAGUGGACAAUAACACAUGGAAUAAUACCCAUAUUUCUCGAGUAGGGCAGGCAAUGGCAUCCACAGAAGAAAAAGCCUAUGAGAUCAUGAGGGAGCUUGAUGUCAGCUAUGUGCUGGUCAUAUUUGGAGGCCUUACUGGCUAUUCCUCUGAUGACAUCAACAAGUUUCUGUGGAUGGUGCGGAUUGGAGGGAGCACAGACACAGGCAAACAUAUUAAGGAGCAUGAUUAUUAUACUCCAACUGGGGAAUUCCGUGUGGACCGUGAAGGUUCUCCAGUGCUGCUCAACUGCCUUAUGUACAAGAUGUGUUACUACCGCUUUGGGCAGGUCUACACAGAAGCCAAGCGUCCGCCAGGCUUUGACCGUGUUCGGAAUGCUGAGAUUGGGAAUAAAGACUUUGAGCUUGAUGUCCUGGAGGAAGCAUAUACGACAGAACAUUGGCUAGUCAGAAUAUACAAGGUAAAGGACCUGGAUAAUCGAGGCUUGUCGCGGACAUAAGUGUUAAUCCAGCUCUGAUAUGCUUCGCACUGAGUGCGUCACAUUUAGGACGCUGAAGACAUUUUUAAAAUACGCAGUUUAUAAGAACAGAACGUGACGGGACUAGACUUGUCUGGAAGUUUUGCCCUGGGCAGUAUGUGCUGGGCCAAAUGGAAUGAUUUUUAUAAUUCUGAGCAGGUUACCAAACGAAAUGUCAUGGCUUUACUUUGCUCAAUUAAAGGGGGGAAUUUUUUUAAAUGUGCCUUACUUGUUUUGACUUUCGACUGAUAUAAGGAAGGUAAAAGUUUAUACUGGGGAUGACAAGACAGAAAGCAGACUUCAUCCAUGCUCUUAGUUCCUAAAUGAGCCUUGUAGAGGCAUUCUCUCUCUCAAACCAGGAAAACUAUCAAGGACUAGCUCAGAUUGUACAAAUAAUUUUAUUUUGAAAUCGUAGCAUCUAGCACAGUGGGCGCUCAGUGAACUUGAAAUGAAUACGUAUCUGUGGGUCCAGAGGAGUGGGUUCUCGGCAGGAAAGGCAGCCACAUUGUCCCCUUAUCUGUUUUCAACAUCUCUUGUCCUUGGAGGCGCUCUGAUUUCACGAGGGACAGAAGGUGGCUAGUCAGACCUGAUCUGAUUCUUGAUUUGGGUCUAGCUAGGUAACUUUUUGUUUUUUUGGGUUUUUUUUGAGCAGUAAUAAAACAAGUGAGACCAGAUCAGCAGUUUUGAGGACUCAAGGCAACUAGUGAAAUUACUGUUCUUAAUCAAGAGGAAGAAACUCCUCCAACGUAUUGGAUAGAACUUGAUGGUCAGUAGGUGUUUUUUAAAAUCAGCUGGUAACAUAAUCAUACAUGUGUAUUUGAAUCUAGCUUUUCAGUACUCUCACUUAUCCGUGAUACAGUAAAUGCCUCCGCUCAUUUCCUUUAGCUUAUGUACUGAAACUCUUCUGGUUAAAGGUGAGCUGCUUUCUUCCUUAUUGUCAGCCUGUUUAUUGUUAUAUACCACUAACAAGCUUGAUGAUCUGAUUUUGAAGCCCUUGCCAAAUAAACUACAGAUUAAAAGGGGGAGGAAUUGCUUUUAGCGGGUACCUAGAGCAUGGUGCUAGUCUGAUUUCAGUAAAGGAGAAGAGAAACUUUAAAAACAUUUUUAAGUCAAAGCACAGUAGUCUCAUCAAUAUUUAACAUCAGGUCAAAGAGCCUCAUGUCAGUUCAGUAGGACAUUGUAAGGCAUUUAUCAGUAGUGUAUGUAUACCCUGAGUCAUUAAAAAAUAUACAAGGUAACUGAUGUUGUUUAGAAACGGGCAGUUACAUGGCUUCUAGGUUAAGUCAAAUUGGUGCUCUUAAAGGCUAUGCUUACAUAUACUUGUAUACAGAGAACCUUAGCCUCCCAAACAAAUUUUUAUACCAUGUGCUUCAACUGUGUGUAAGAUUAGAUUUGAUGUAAGAUUUGAUUUAUUACAUGUAAAUACAUUAUUUGAUUUAUAUACACAAUUCCUUCCCAGUGGAAGAGGUUCUUCUGAGGUGUUGGGGUUUUUGUUUUGUUUUUACCAAUAUGAGUAAUACCAGUUAGAGAUGAUCAGUGAACUUCCUCUGUGUAUUAUAGAUGAGAUAACCUUUUAACUCACCACUAUAGUUGUUGCUCUUACGAUUUUAAUGUUGUUACUUUCUAGGCUACAUAAAGCUAUCUUCUUAAAAA